UCUCAAAAAUUUUAAAUAAAAUUUUUAAAUUGAAACUUAAUUUACAACAUCAAAUUUCAGAGCACAAACAAUUAUGCGCUUCCAAAUAAAAAAAAAUAAAAUAUUUAAUUUAAAUUCACCACUAAACUUUGAGUGUGUGAGUAUGUGGGAACCCACCUGCUGCAAAUUGUAAAUAGUAAUCACUUUUCGAAAAUAUAAACAAUAAAAUAUGGAUAACGAAGACUUUGAUAGCUUUUGUAGUAAAAUUUUAAAUUAUAAAACAAAUAUCAGCUUAAAAGUGUAUCAUCGGACAAAACUUGAAAAAAAUUUCAAAUAUGCUGAAGUGCUUGAAAGUGCUACAUAUAUCCAAAACAUUUUGGCAAACCUUAAAAUUCCACAAAACAGUCGAAUCGGCCUUUGCGUUCCUUCUAGGCCUGAAAUUGUUCCAAUCAUAUUGGGCAUUUUAAAGGCGAAAAACACAUUCUGCCCCAUAGUUUCCAAAGUUAACCUGGAUGAUCUAAUAAAAAAUAUUGUAAAAUUGAAAGCAGAUUAUAUUAUACUAUGGAUAACAAUUGAGCAUUCUAGUUUUACUUUAAAAAGAACGUUUAAAGUUUUUGGGACAAACUUUUAUAUUUACCGAGUUCAUGAUUUAGGGUUCAAUUCAAAAACAAAAUAUAACUAUUGUUAUUGUAUAACAACAUCUGGGACAACAGGAUGUCCUAAAAUUAUUGCAGUGCCUUGGAAUUGCAUAUGGUCUAAUAUUAAAAGUUUAAGUGCAAUUUAUAAUAUUAAAAGCACAGACGUCAUCAUACCAACCUCUCCACCUACUUUUGAUCCAUUUAUAUUAGAUAUAUUCUUGGGACUUAAUAAUGGAGCAAGUUUACUUUUUACGUCUAACAUUGUUCAUGAUAUUUCAAUAUACUUUCAAGACAUAUUCAAUAAAAAUCAACUUGGAGCAUCAGUAAUGCAGAUAACACCUUCAGUAUUUCAAACUUUUAGCGAAAAUACUGUGAAAUUUCUUUUAUUUGAGAAUUCAUCUCUAAGAAUUUUAACUUUUGGCGGUGAACCAUUUCCACACUUGAAAUAUUUUAGAAAUCCCAACGGCAAUCUUAAAAAAUCGCCGAAAAUUAAAAUUUUCAAUAUAUACGGUAUUACAGAAGUUUCCUGUUGGGCUACUUUACAUGAAGUUAACGAUAUGAAUGAUCCGUUUAAAAUACCAAUAGGAAAAGUUAUGGAUCCCGAUACAAUAUUAGAAGUAAGAAAGUGUAACUCAAUUGUAUGCACUAAUGAUAAAUCUUUUGGCGAGCUGCAUAUUGGAAGUAAAACACGUAAAUGUCUUAUAGAAGAUGAAAACGAAAUAGAAAUAUUUGAACCGGAAAAAAUAAUUUUUCGAAGCACUGGUGAUAUAGUUGAAAAUUUGAAUGGAGAAAUGUACUAUAGAGGAAGAAUAAAUUCGAUCAUUAAAAGAUUUGGACAUAAUAUUGACACAUCUGUGAUUGAAAAUAAAUUUCUUGAAGAAUCUACCAUAAGAAGUGUAUGUUGUAUAUUUGAUGAAACGAAACAUGAAUUGCUGGUCUUUCUGAUAGCAAAACAAAAUUUUAAUCCUCAAAUUUGUCUCAAUAAAUUAAAAAUUGUUGAAAAACCUAAUACAAUAGUGCUAUCAGAUGAAUUUCCUGUAAAUCAAAAUGGGAAAAUUGCGAAGGAUGUUUUAUUGCGGAAGUAUCGCAGUAAAACUGAUAGCUUCCGAAAUUUUAGUGUUUUGAAUACAUUUGAUGUAGUUAUAAAACAUAUCAGCAAUAUCUCAAAAAUUUCUUCAGAAUUUUUAGUAAAUUUGUUGAAGUGCAAAAAAACUGCAAAUAAAAAAUUAAAAACUGUUUUAAAUUCCUCUUUUUUAUCUCUCGGAGGAACUUCUAUAGACAUUCUUAAUUUAGUAAGUGAAAUUGAAACUCUUCAACAACGUUCAUUGGAUCCCAAAAUUAUGGAAAUGUUAUUUGACAAUAAUUGUCCGGUGUCGGAAAUUCUAAAUUAUAUUGAGAAUUUAAAUGAAAGUCCUUUACAAGAAAGUGAAAGUGAAAUUAUAGAAGAUUAUUCAAUACAAACAAACUUCUUAUGGAAAUUUGACACAAAAAAAUGUAUCGAUGCUAGUCCUACUUUUCAUAACAAUUAUAUUACAGUUGGCUCUCAUUCUCAUAUGUUAGCCAACCUGAAUUACAAAAGUGGUGAUAUUAUUUCAGUUCUUACACUUCCUGACAGAAUCGAAAGUCAAGUGACAUUUUAUAGAGAAACAGAUUACGACCAUGGUAUUGUAGGUUGCUAUGAUGGAUAUUUGUACAAAUUUGACCCAGCGAAUGGUUUAUUGAUCAACAAAUUCUAUUCACGUGGAAUGAUUAAAUCAAAAUGUUUAGUAAUUGAAGAGUUUGUAAUAUUUGGUAAUUACGGCGAAAAAGAAAAUCUGUUUUGUUUGAACAGAAAGGAUCUUUCUUUGAAAUGGUCAUUGAGAUUAGGAAGUAAAGGAAUUCUUUCUUCACCAAUUAAAGUAGAAGAAAACUUAAUUCUUGUCUGCACUUUAGAUGGAACUGUCUCUUCAUUUGAUAUUGAAAGCGGAGAACAGCAAUGGUUUAUUAAGUACGCGAAUCCUAUAUUUUCCACUAGCACAUAUAUUAAUGAAUUAAAUGUGAUAUUACUCUCAGAGGUUAAUGGUAUGCUUCAUUUACUUUCAAAGGAAGGACUCGAACAAUCAUCAUUCAAAGCAGAUGGCAAUAUUUUUUCAUCAUUUGAAAUACAAAAAUUAGAUAACCAAAUAUUUGCUUACUUUGGUUGUUACGAUUGUAAUGUAUAUUGUGCUAAAAUUCAACAAGAUAGCAUUGAAAUAAUCAAAAAAAUUAAAUUACAAUCAUCAAUUUACUCAACACCAAAAUCAAUUUCAAUCAAUGAUACAUAUUUUAUUGUUAGUUGUUCUUCUCUUGGCAUUAUUAAUAUUCUAGAUAUAAAAUUAGAAAAAGUUAUUAAAAAAUUAAAAUUGAAUGGUGAAAUAUUUUCAAGUCCGUUAUUUGUCGAUGAUAAACUUUACAUUGGAUGUCGGGACAAUCAUUUAUAUUGCAUUGAAUUUCGGAUUAAUUUACCUUUAACUUGA